GUAUGUAUGCUUAUAUUGUAGAUAUACUGUAUGUUACAUAAAUAUAUAUCCUUCCCAAAGUCUGUCACUAUACGUUGGUAUUAUAUACAUUAGGGUCCAAAAGUCUGAGCCCUCUUUCCUGGAAUGAGAAGAUAGACAUGUUUAAAAUUAAUGAGAAUAAUUAAUAGUAAUAAUAAUAUGUUAAUGAGAAUACAUAAUAGUUCAUUGGGAAAAACAUAUAUAAGUACAUUUUAAGGUAUAUUGUCAUAAUGUUAGAUACUAAAAAUAAACAAAUAUCACAUAGAUAUUUUUAAUAUGUGUACAUAUAAAAAUGUAUGUUAUAAACUUAUAUUUUCAUAUAUCCAGAGGAUGUACAUAUUUGAUAAUAAUACAUCGCCUUAUAGGUGAAAUAUAUGGCAACAUAACUCUUGAUAUAGUGACAUAUAUGUCAUAUAUUACAUAUCUGUAUGGGUUAAUAAAAAAUGUGAAUCAGAGAAAUGAGGCUAAAAAAAUAUGUGGAUGUGAAUGGAGACAGUAAAAUAUAGCAGAUUAUAAAACUUAAUUAUAAAAUGUUUGUAUAUCGUUAAAAAGAAAUCUUAUAGAGCAAGUUUCUAAACCCACGUUACAAAGUGCAUUACACAAGGCAGCAGAAUACAAAAAAGUCACUGUCUUGAAUUGUGGAAUUACUCUCAGGGGAUUCAUUCUUCAAACUAGAAAAAUCAAGAAAUGUUCUGUAAAGAAAUAUUUCAUUUGUCAUAGUAAAAACAAUAUUGCAUUAAUAUUAAAUGUAAUGACCUGUUUACACUUCAGAUAACUGUGUGCCUACUUGCCCUGCUAUUAGGAACUAUGAUAAAUUACUUAUUUCUGAUAAAGACAGUCAACGACAGGGGCCUUUUCUUGAGUGCUUUUCUCUGUUUUGUUUUGUUUUCUUGAGAUUCUGAAUAAUUGCUUCGGUCAUUACUCAUCUGCAUCAUGAGACUCAUGAAAUAUUCCCUUAAGAUGCACAGUCAAGACUGAACUUUGCUGCCUCUUGAAAAAAAAAAAAGAAGUUUCAGAUUUUAGUCAUUUUUAACAGCUUGCCACUUUCGCUGUCAGGGUUGAAUGACUAUGACAGUGCACAUUAAUUCACAUUCCUGUAAAUUCACCAGUGUCACCCUUAAAAAGAAUAUGAAAUUAAGGCAGUUAUUAAAACAGUAUAUGAGCAUGCACAUCAAUAAUUAAAAGAAAAAUUGAGAUACAGUAUAGUUCACUCUGAAGAUUUUACACACAGGUUCCCAUUUGCUUUCUUUCCUCAUCUGUCAGUUUUUCUGUGUGAUGUUAAAUAUUAAAUAUAUUGAAGAGGUGAUGCAUCUUGAAUACACAGUCAUACUCUGUACUUAAAGCCACAGGGACGUAAUCACAUAAUGUGAGAAGAAACUGUUUAUUAUGAGUUAAAAUAAUGUGGUAUUAUCGACCAGGACAACCUAAACCUUAAAUCAAUUCUCCUGAAAACACUCAUUCCACUCAUGCCACUGACAAAAAAAGCAGUUGUAGAUGCAUUUUCUCUGUAGCACGACUGACAUCAGCUAAAGGGAGGACAACCUAAUGCUAUAUUAGGUUUCUUACAGGACAAUUUCCUCACUUCUGCCUGAAUCAUAUUGGUGACCACAAGAUGCUGAAACAGAGUGAGUAAGAGAGAGAGAGAGAGAGGAAAAACAAGAAAAAACUCCAGAUCUGUUAGAAACCGAAAGAAAGAUCACAAAUAUAUAAACUGUUUGUGAGCGUCACUAAAGCAUGUUUGUAUCCUCCUCAGAGUGGCGUUCACUGCACCUCCAAGAUGACUGUUUGGUGGCGGGCUCUCAUCCUCCUUUGCUGCAUUCUGAACUGUGUGGACUCUGCUCCGUCCCCAGUCUCCCACAACAAUGAAUUUAAGAACUCGUUUCGUCUCACGAGGUCCAGCCGAACUCGUGUCCAGCAGCUGCUGAAGAAAUAUAAGGAGCAGCUGUUGGGCAAUAAGGAUUUUGAGGACAGAGGCCGACAGUUGAAGGACCUGCCAUCACUUUCUACGGAUUUCUACAGCUGGCUGAAGCUGACGGACUGGGAACGACUGUAUGCUGCUUUCUGGGACAUGCAGGCCUACUGGAAUAUGCUGGAUUGGAAGAGAAAAGAGUUGGAGAGGGAGGAGAAAGAGCAGAGUGCAGCCCGCACCGCUUUAACUCGGAGCAUAAACCACAUUCAGCUGGAUCUGAGGGACCUGAUGAACCAAGUCAGCAGUCAGAUGAGUUACAUGAAGAGGUCCUGGACGAAGCCGACCUCUGCUCCGGUAGGGACGCCCUUGAUCCCAGAAACCAGCUCCAAAACAGUAUGGGACCGCAGAGUGGAGGGUUACAUCAUUCUGAGGGAUCUAGACCUUUACCUCACCAAGCUGGCAAGAGACUUCCUCCUACUGUCUAACAAAUCACACUGAUGACUCAAUACUGAAAAAGUGCUCUGUGACCCUGACAGCACAUGCAUGCACACAAACACACAAGAGGAAGAAAAAGCUGAACUGAAAAUAAGCACCUAACGGAAACUUGCAAUAACAUUGAUAACAUUAAUCAGGCUUUAGUGGUGCUGUCAGCACUUUAUGUGGAUCUCUUAUUUGAGCAAGUUUGCUUUUUAUACAUAAUGUAUUCCAGUAUAUUUAAGGGUUUUCUUGGGUAUUUCCCAUAGUU